UAACAAUGAACCUUUGUCGCAAUAGAUUUCAGCAUUCUCCUCGCAGCAGGGCUCACUGAGCUGCUGUAAAUAGCUGAGGCUGGUUCCCCUGGUUUCAGUGAUUUUGCUGGUGCUGGACCUGAUCUCCUGGGUAUUCAUAUCCCAAACUCUGAUACUCAGAGCAUGAUUUAAUCUCUCGGAGAACAGUAUGUCCUGCUGUCUGACUUUACCUGGUACUUGGAUCUCCUAACAAGAUUUUGUUUUGGCAGCUCCAGCUCACAACGUGGUUCUCUAGAUUUCCUUUACUCAGACGAGCAGCAGCAGGAUGAGUGGUGAGGCAGGAACUGGCAAGCCCCUGAAGGUGGGCUCACGUGUAGAAGUGAUUGGGAAGGGACAUCGUGGUACUGUCGCUUAUGUGGGUGCCACAAUGUUUGCCUCUGGCAAGUGGGUUGGAGUCAUUCUGGAUGACGCCAAGGGUAAAAAUGAUGGCACAGUGCAAGGCAAGCGAUAUUUCACUUGUGAGGAGAACCAUGGCAUCUUUGUCCGCCAGUCCCAGAUUCAGGUUGUUGAGGAUAGUGCUGACACCACUUCCCCUGAAACCCCACAGGAGCCCUCCUCUUCAAAGGUUCCGAAGCGAGAAAUGACAGAGACCCCGAAAACCAGCAAGACGUCCACCAGGACGACUGGUUCAAGUGGGACUUCCCUGACCCCGUCACCAUCUGGUGGGGAGCCAAGUAGCAGUGAGCCCAGUACCCCAGCACAGACUCCACUUGCUGCUCCAAUCAUCCCUACGCCAACUGGACUGCCCUCAGCCAUGGCACCUCCUCUGCUCUCUCCCAAGGAAGAGGAGACUCUCCGAACCCAGGUGAAGGAUCUUGAAGAGAAACUGGAAACUUUAAAAAUGAAGAGAAACGAGGACCGAGCCAAACUGAAAGAGCUGGAGAAGUUCAAGAUCCAGUUUGAGCAGCUGCAGGAAUGGAAACAGAAGAUGCAGGAACAGCAGAAUGAACUCCAGCGGCAACUCAAAGAUGCCAAAAAGGAAGCGAAGGAUGCUCUGGAAGCCCGAGACCGCUACAUGGAGGAGAUGGCUGACACAGCGGAUGCCAUUGAAAUGGCCACUCUAGACAAAGAGAUGGCAGAGGAGCGAGCAGAAUCUCUCCAACUGGAGGUGGACAGCUUGAAGGAGAAAAUUGAGGAGUUGACAAUGGACCUGGAGAUCCUGAAGCAUGAGAUUGAAGAGAAAGGGACUGAUGGAGCUGCCUCCAGUUACCAGGUCAAACAGCUCGAGGAACAGAACGGCCGGCUGAAGGAAGCUCUUGUCAGAAUGCGGGAUCUAUCUGCUUCAGAGAAGCAGGAGCAUAGCAAGCUGCAGAAGGUCAUGGAGAAAAAGUGUAAUGAGCUGGAGAGCCUGAGACAACAACGGGAGAAACUGCUGGAGGAAAUGACACAGGCUGAAAAGACCAUUGAUGAGCUGAAGGAGCAGGUCGAUGCUGCUCUGGGAGCUGAGGAAAUGGUGGAAACUCUAACAGAAAGGAAUCUGGAUCUGGAGGAGAAAGUGCGUGAGCUGCGCGAGACCGUCACUGACCUGGAAGCCAUUAAUGAAAUGAACGAUGAGUUGCAGGAGAAUUCCCGGGAAACGGAGCUGGAAUUACGGGAACAGCUGGAUUUGGGAGCAGCUCGAAUUCGGGAAUCAGAGAAACGAGUAGAAGCUGCUCAGGAGACAGUGGCGGAUUAUCAACAAACCAUCAAAAAGUACCGGGAACUCACCUCCCAUCUGCAGGAAGUAAACCGUGAGCUGAUGAGCCAACAAGAAGCAUCAGCAGAGAGGGAGCAGCAACCUCCCCCCGAGAUCAUUGACUUCAAAAUCAAAUUUGCUGAGACCAAGGCUCACGCAAAGGCUAUCGAGAUGGAACUGCGGAAGAUGGAGGUUCACCAGGCAAACCGACAUGUCUCCUUACUGACCUCCUUCAUGCCCGACUCCUUCCUGCGCCAUGGUGGGGACCAUGAUUCCAUUCUGGUUCUCCUCCUGAUCCCACGCCUCAUCUGCAAGGCGGAGCUGAUUAGCAAACAUGCUCAAGACAAGUUUGAGCUGAAUGAGGAUUACAGUGAGCGUCAAGGCCUGAGGGGGACACUGGGUGAACAGAUGAGCUUUGGUGCUGGCCUGGUUUAUUCACUGACCCUGCUGCAGGCCACGCUGCACAAAUAUGAACAGGCUCUAGAUCAAUGCAGUGUGGAUGUCUAUAAGAAGAUUGGAGGUCUUUACCCUGAGAUGAGCGUACAUGAGAGAUCCCUGGAUUUCCUCAUUGAACUCCUUCACAAAGAUCAAUUGGACGAGACCGUUAAUGUGGAGCCUCUCACCAAGGCCAUUAAAUACUAUCAGCAUCUCUACAGCAUCCACCUGUUGGAUCACAGUGAGGAUUGUACAGUACAGCUGGCUGACCACAUCAAGUUUACACAGAGUGCUCUGGAUUGUAUGGCCGUGGAAGUGGGAAGGUUACGCUCCCUGUUACAGGCUGGGCAGGAAGCUACUGAUGUAGCCAUUCUCCUGAAGGAUCUCGGGACAUCCUGUAGUGAUAUCCGCCAGUUCUGUAAGAAGGUGCGGAGACGGAUGCCUGGCACAGAUGCUCCUGGAAUUCCAUCAGCACUCUCCUUCGGCCAACAGGUUGCUGACACCCUGGUGGAGUGCCGGAAACAGUUGAGCCGCGUCGUGGCCGUGCUGCAGGAGAUGGCAGCUGCUGGAGUCCAGCUGGUGGCCCCUUUACCUGAGAACGAGGGGCUGCCCCCUCGCAAACUCGAGGAAGUGGCGAGGACCGCAACCGAGCAGGUGUAUGGAGCACAGGCGACCAGCCCGUACGAGUGUCUCCGUCAGUCAUGUACGGUCAUCAUUGUCACAAUGAACAAGAUGGCCACCGCCAUGCAGGAGGGAGAGUAUGACUCCGAGAAGGCAUUGGUGAAGCCCGCACGGCCGGUGGAUCAGCGUGCUGCGUCUCUCCGAGCUGAAAUCACCGAUGCUGAGGGCCUGGGACUGAAACUGGAGGAUCGAGAAACUGUCAUCAAAGAGCUGAAGAAAUCCUUGAAGAUCAAGGGGGAGGAGUUGAGUGAAGCCAGUGUGCGCCUUAGUCUGCUCGAGAAGAAACUGGACUGUUCCUCAAAAGAGGCUGACGAUCGAGUGGAGAAAAUUCAGGUGAAACUGGAAGAGACACAGACUCUGCUCAAAAAGAAGGAGAAGGAGUUUGAUGAAACGAUGGAUGCUCUGCAGGCUGACAUUGAUCAGUUGGAGUCUGAGAAAAUGGAAUUGAAGCAACGGCUCAGCAGCCAAUCAAAGCGUACGAUUGAGGGACUGAGAGGGUCACCAGGCUCUGGCAUUGCCUCCAUAGUAACAGGGACAGGCACAGUCCAGGCAGGUGGCCCCAUUCCCGUUCAGAUCAAGGAUUCACCUUUACUCCUGCAGCACAUCGAAGCUCUCCGACUGUCUGUCAAGCAGCUGAAGAACGAGAACAACCAUUUAAAGGCUGCCCAGAUGCGAGCAGAUUUGGCAGCAUUGCCACCGAUCCAAGUUGCCAAGCUGUCAUUGACCUCACGCCCUCAGGAGGAUGAGGCUGGAGUUGGAGCCCUGACGAGGAAGACCAACCAGUUACUGGAGAAACUGCAGCAAAUCAGCGCCCAGGUCAAAGUGGUCGAUAUCUCGCAUCGAGGCCCAGGCAGCACGGUCUCUGAGGGAAAGGCCAAUCCCACAGCACAACUCCUGGAGCAACUCAUCCAACUGAGACAACUCAGUGACACUGUCGACCACAUCAAGGAUGAAGUGGACCGAGUGUCUGUAAACCGAGCAAGGGCCCGAGUCCCCUCGGACUUUGCAACCUUCCCACACCCAGCCUUUACUAAGGCCAAGGAGGAGGCGAAAUCGGAUGCAGUUUGUGUGGGUAAAGUCUGUUUGACAUGUCCACCAGGUCAGGGCCAGGUUCAUCGGAUCGUCCUCCUCCAUGAUCAACUGCAUGAACUACACAGCCGCCUAAUGUCCUAGUGCACCACCCUCUGUACCACAAUUCCAAUAGGACUCGCCUCGCUGAUUCCUGACCUUCGUCUCGUAUAAGGCUGUAUGUGUGUGUGCGUGGAUCAAUUUAUCGACAAAACCCUGUGGUUAUAACACUAUUAACCCCUUACAACCUCAGUAAUGUCUGUCUGCCCAUUCUGCAUCUCUGGUAUUUUAGCCUGGCCUACAACAUCUGAAAGAUCAGUCCAGCCACUCCAGAAAUAUACUCCAAUCUUACCCACAGUUACUCAUCUCAAUCACCCGCGGUCAUGGAGUGGUUCAGGAUUUACCCACUUGUACCUGAGACUGAGGUUAACGUAUGUCAGACUAUCUCCAAUCAGUGGCACUGCUUGGACUGAGAAUUCCAGCCCCUGCUGUUGUUACAAACUGCACUCCAAUCACUGGGGCUUCGUGCCCUCAUCCAGUGAUUGUUUACUGACUUUGAUCGAGCCUGAGAAACUUUCCUACUGGCCUGAGGGUAACAGGAGGUUCCGAGUCAGCCCACUGCUCUCUCCCUGUGCCCACCUUUCCCCUCCCAAAGCUCCAUCUCUUACCUGCCAGUCUCCCGAUCUGUCCCUGGGUCUCUCUCUCCUCCUCCUCCCUGUCUCUCUCCAACCUGUUCAGCUGCAGCCUUGCCUGUCCCCCUCCAUGUCCCCUUGUUGCUGGGGAGCUGGUGUUUGUGGAACAGCAUUGAUUGUGUCAGGAUGGUGGGGGAGCCUGAAGUGAUGACACUCAGCAACGUUAGACUUUGGAUCCAAUUUCUGACUGCCAGCUUUAUGUUUCUGCUGAUUUACGGUGAAUGAGUUGGUUGUAUGUUCAUUAAACUUAACCAUAUUUAAUCACUCCAUAUGAAAUGAUGUUAUCAGACAAAUUCUAGAAUAAACAUUGGCCUGUGGUCUAAGUAUUCUCAAA